AAAAGGUUGCUCCAAAGAUGGGGGCAACUUAUUCCCAGGCUUCUAGCUCGGGAAACACGUGAGGUGCGAGGGUGCUUUCAAGAGAUUGAAACAUGCACUCAUGAAUUGUGAGGUUCUCAUGGUUCCCCAUCUGCAGAAGCCAUUCAUAGUGACCACUGAUGUAAGCCAAUACGACAUUGGCGCAGUGCUGGCGCAACAGGAUGGGAAAAAGUUCAGAUCGAUUGAGUACAUGAGCAAGAAGAUGCCAUCAAAGAAGUUGGCAAAGUCCACCUACGAGAGGGAACUCUAUGCUCUGUAUAAAGCACUUGUCCAUUGGAGACACUUCCUUUUAGGAAGGUUCUUCUACUUGAGGACUGAUCACCAGACCCUCAAAUGGAUCAAGACUAAACCGGCUCUUUCUGACGCACUCAAGCGGUGGAUUGAGGUCAUAGAUCAAUAUGACUUCAAGCUUGAGUACCUGAAGGGAGAGUACAACAAGGUUGCAGACGCGUUAUCACGUAGAGCAGACUACCUAGGUGCGCUAGUUUCUGACUUUGGCACAUCGGACGAAGUAACUCAAUCAUUGGUGGAAGCCUAUCAGGAAGACCCUGUCACGAUGGACAGUAUUCGCAAACUUCAGGCAAAAGACAAGGCCACAGAAAGUGAGUUUGUGAUGGUGGACGGGUUACUCUAUCUUGAGAAGGCGGGAAUAAAAAGGUUAGUGGUUCCAUCUAGUGAACAGUUGCGUAGUUUAUUUCUAGGUGAAUGUCAUGACGCAACAGGGCACUUUGGCUACAAAAAGACGAGUGCUAACCUAGAACAACGAUUCUGGUGGCCUGAUAUGUUCGAUGAUGCAAAGAAGUACGUAGAGAUCUGUCAGGUCUGUCAACAGGACAAGCCGCGCACUCAAGCACCGCUUGGGUUGUUGAAGCCCUUACCUAUCCCCGCUGGUCCAGGACUGAGUGUAUCCAUGGAUUUCAUGGACACCUUGGUGACCAGCAAGAGUGGCAAGAGGCACAUAUUCGUCAUCAUUGACCGAUUCACCAAGUACACUAGACUAGUGGCCAUGCCAGAGACAGCCAAGACUGACUAUGUCAUCAAGUUGUUCAAGGACAACUGGGUGCGGGACUUUGGUUUACCAAAGACCAUCAUUAGUGACAGAGAUGUCCGCUUCACCAGUGAGCUGUGGAAGAAGACUGCGGAACAAAUGGGCAGUCAACUUCAAAUGACUUCAGGAAAUCAUCCUGAAGCCAACGGACAGGCCGAGCAAAUGAACAGAGUUGUGCAGCACUUGCUGAGGCAAUUACAUCAAACCCAGCCAGGACGACUGGGAUGAGCAAUUGCCUCUCAUCGACAGCCUGUACAACAAUGUUGUACAUAGCAGUACUGGCGUGAGUCCUAAUCAACUACACUUAGGAUG